GCGCGGACGGAGACCAUCCGGGCGCGCCUUAUUGUUUGACCUAGUUCUUCCUGCACCAUUCUCUCUACGGAUAUCCAGUCGAAGUCGAGUCUUCCAGCUCGUCUACGUCGUGGAGUAUUCCGACCUUCACGCAUUCAUUAGUCAGCUGAUUCGCUCGUACAAGAAUCGCAUCGAAGGAAACUUGUCAUCAGAUGGGCCUUUAUUCAGCUUCCAAACCCACUUUCACAUUUGUGGUAUGCAGAUCCAACUUUUGUUUUUCCUUUUCUAUCUUGUAAAUGAAAAAUCGGGUUCCUUGCCUUUUCUUUUUCAUUUGCUUUGGAGGAGCAUUUCGAUGUUUACUUUCCGCGCGGUCCUUUGCCUUUGAAGUGCUCCGCUUUUCUCACGGCAAGUGAUCCGUCCGUUCUUGGAUUCUUUGACUUCAAAUCGAAGUCGUUUGAGCAAACGAAGAGAAAAAAAAGAAGAUGGUUGGAGAGCGAGUUCUUUUGUUGCAGGCUUAGAGCAUUUCAAAUUAGUCGGUCGAUGUUCUGGGAGUCCAAAUAUACUGGUGGUUUGCAUAAAAACAUGAUGUUAGGGUAGGGACUUUGAUAGGGUAUGAGUGAGAAGAAUACAUGACCAUGGAUCCUUUGUUCUUUGAUUUCUCUGCUCGUAUCAAUGGAGAUGAUCGUCCCAUAGAUAGCCAUGCCUUUUCACCUAGUCCGGAUCGAUACUCGGGUCUCACAGAUGGUUUCUUUUUGGAUGACCCUUUCCUCGACCUUAAAUCCUCAGAUAGUGCUUUUCUUUUGAAUGAAGUAGACCCUGCGAAUGAUCUCCCUUCAACAUCGGUAGACCUCGGUAUUGGAGAUUUAAUGUUUCCCUCGACAAGCGGGAUCUCAGAUGGAGGCCCAUUUGGCCCAUCUAUGAGCUCGAAUAGUGCCCUGAGUUUAGGGGGAUAUUCGCUCUCCCCAUCGGGGGACACGGACUCAUCGGAUCCUGUUCUAAAGUACAUAAGUCAGAUGCUUAUGGAAGAGAACAUGGAGGAGCAACCGUGGGAAUUUGCUAAUCAGGUUGCUCUGCAGAAUGCUGAAAAGUCAUUGUACGAUGCCCUUGGUCAGCAGCAUUCAGAGGUGUCUGACCAAAGCCCCUCACAGCUUGUUUUAAGCCAUAAUAUCGAGAGCCCAAAUAGCAACCUUUCUGGAAGUAGCAGUGCUCGUGGAAGCCUCGAUGCUGCAAGCGUUACUGUUAGCUCUAGCGACUCAGCUGAUGCUAAUAUUCUUUACACGAUUGAAGAACAUGGCCAUGCUGUGCAGGAAAAUUCUGACCUGGACUUCCAGUCAAACGCGGAUUCCAGUUCACGGAUGUUGUCCAAAUCUUCAAGCAGCAUCACAAAUUAUGAUGGGUCUGAGGAAUCUUUGCACGAGCUUCUUGUCAAGAGCAUUUUCACUGCUAGUGAGUCUAUGGUUCAGUUCAAGAAAGGAUUAGAGGAGGCCAGCAAAUUCCUUCCUACCAACAAUCAAUUAGGAAUUAACCCAGGGGACAGCAAACCGCCAUCAGAAACAGAGAAAGGAACCCCAAGAAUGCGCAUCAGUGAGGAGAUCAACAUGAGGCGCUCAACUGAUAAAUUCAAGGGAUUAAAAAAUCACAAGAGGGACGAGGAUGCUUUUGACGAAGGCAAGGCCAAGAAGCAAACAGCCUUGUAUACAGAAGAGAGUGAGUUUUCCGAUUUGUUCGAUAAGUUGUUGCUAUGCAACGAAAAUGGUGAGGCUAUGUGUUCCGGUGAUAAAUCUGCGGAGACAGGGCUGAGCAAAGACAUACGGUCACAGAGGAACGUGCACAGUUCCAACAGAGGUAGAGGCCGUGGCAAGAAGCAGGGAAGUGAAAAUACUGUUGACUUGAGAACUCUUCUGAUUCUCUGUGCACAAGCCAUCUCUACUAGUGAUUUCAGGACUGCUAAUGAAUCGUUGAAGCAGAUUAGGGAGAACUCUUCUCCAUCUGGGGAUGCCUCUCAAAGACUGGCCCAUUACUUUGCCAAUGGGCUAGAGGCACGAUUGGUGGGCAGCGGGACUCGAAUGCAACACCUUUUUUCUAUUUAUGUCGCCAGGAGGACCUCAGCAGCCGAUAUCUUGAAAGCUUACCACCUUCACAUUUCAACAUGUCCGUUUAGUAAGUUAUCCAUUUGCUUUGCAAAUUACAUGAUUUUGAGAUUUGCAGAGAAAGCCACUACCUUGCAUAUAAUAGAUUUUGGCAUUGGAUUUGGUUUUCAAUGGCCAACCCUCAUCCAGAAGCUCUCUUCUCGAUCAGAAGGGCCCUGUAAAUUGCGCAUCACAGGGAUAGAGCUUCCACAGGCUGGUUUCCGCCCGUCAGAAAAACUAGAAGAGACAGGUCGUCAUUUGGAAAAGUGUUGUAAGCGUUUUAAUGUCCCUUUUGAAUUCAAUUACAUAGUAUCGAAGAAUUGGGAAUCUGUCAAACUCGAGGAUCUCAAGAUUCAAAGCAAUGAGACAGUUGCUGUGAAUAGUUCAGAUCGGUUUAGGAUUCUCCUUGAUGAGACAGCUGGGGACAACUGUCCACGGGAUGCUGUGUUGAAUCUAAUUUGGCAGAUUAAACCAGAUAUUUUUGUUCAUGCUGUAUCUAACGGCUCCUUCAAUGCGCCCUUUUUUGUGACAAGAUUCCGAGAGGCACUUUUUCAUCUUUCCGCAAUUUAUGAUAUGUUUGAUGCUAUUUUAGAUGGCGACAGCAAUGAGAGGUUGGUUAUUGAGAGAGAGCUCCAUGGUUGGGAAAUUAUGAAUAUUGUAGCAUGUGAAGGUUCGGAAAGGGUUGAGAGGUCGGAAACGUACAAGCAAUGGCAGGUUCGUCAUAUGAGGGCUGGAUUUAAGGCGCUUCCUCUGGACCAAGAGCUCAUGAAGUUCUUCAGGGGUAAGAUGAAAGAAUGGUACCACAAGGAUUUUGCGCUUAAUGAAGACGGCAACUGGAUGCUGCAAGCUUGGAGAGGUCGGAUUAUCAUUGGCUCCUCCUGUUGGGUACCCAUUUAGGAUGGCUCCAAAAGGAAUGCUUUCCGUCAUGACCUGUUCAUUGCAGGGAUUCUUCCCGAGUCAACAGGUCAAGGAUUUUAUUAGAGUAGCUCAGAAUGUACCUAUUUCCCGCUCUUCUGUUUGUGUGUGUAUCUUUCUAAUUGCAUAACAGUUUUGAAUCUGCAAUGUUUUCUUACUGUUUAUCAACCCUUGAGAUAGGAAGAUACGUUUUGCAGCUUUUGCCGAUAAUGUGUUUUGUCUAUCAUAUAUCUCACAAGUUCUGCGAGCAAACAUGGCAGCUCGAAGCUGAUAAUGGGUAUGGGUGCGCAAUUAUUGUGUACGGUUUGUGCUUUUCGCUUGGUGGCUCUGAUGUUUACU